CCUAAUUUUCGCGAGAUAAUUAAAAGGUCCACUGGAAAAGCAAACGUGCUCGUCGGAAAAAUGCGCCAAGUUCUCCUUCGAAAGUACCGGGAAACUCAGCCGAGAAAACUGGACUGAUCGCCGUCAAGGUCGCCGUCGACGUCCUCCGCACAAUCGUCCGAUGGCUAUGAGGGCCUUUCGCCAUCUACUUGCUCUUAGACAAGUAACUGUAUCGCCUUUGCCGCCGGUAGCGUUCUUCUCUUCGUUUUCGUCAGUAAGCACUAAAUCGACGAACUGCGUCGCCACUGAUGCCAGUGACGGAGGUUCGGUGCACAGAAAUCGUCUAAAAUUUAAGUGGAACUCGGCUAAGUUCGUUGGUACGGUGGAACAGCCGCUUAAAGUGCAUACCAGGAAUGGCGACACAGUUUAUGCUUGGACAUUUCUUCGAGCUAAAGUCUCCCCUGAUUCUAACAGCAGUUCUAGGAUUUUGCUGAAACUGUGGGAAGAAAUGGCUGAAUCAUACAUUGAACGUCUUAAACCGAAUGACUUCAUUUAUGUUGCUGGUACUUUAGAGUCUUAUAAGAAGGCUGAUAAGUGCGGGAAGUCUUUCUUAUCUUAUGAGUUAACUGUGUCAGAGUUGAAUCACAUUCGACAAAAUGCUCGAGGCUCAAAAAGUCAAGAUUCUCUGGGCAUGAUACAUGAAGAGGGUACUACAGGGUAUGCUUGUAAGGAUAAAUGCAGGGAACGCCUGCAUUUGUGGCAAGUGUUCUUCAGCAGUCCACAUGAAUGGUGGGAUAACAGAAACCAAAAGCCAAAUCCGAAUCAUCCGGACUUUAAACACAAGAGUACUGGCGAGGUCCUGUGGCUGCGGGCAACGGACCCUCCAUGGAUCGGAAAACAGCUCGAAUUACUCGACACCAAGAUGGUAAAAAAAGAUGAAGAUGAUCAUUUUGGUUCUGAUUCUAGCAUGUCCAAGUGGUUAUGUAGCUGAAGAAGCCUUCUUGCAGCCGAGGUAUCGUGUGCUUUCCUCAUUGCUUCUUCUGCUUGAACAAUAUUUAAAUGAGCCCAAAAUCUGUUUCAUAGAUAGAUUGUCACAGUCCAAAUAGGAACAUUGAAGGAGGAAAGUCGAAACAUUAGUUUGUAUAUAUGUAAUGUUCGUAGUGUAAGGUCGACAAAGCGAUUAAGGCUCAAACGAAGCAAAUGGAUCAUCUGUAGAUUGAAGUUACAUGUAAGAGGUAUUUAUUGGCUUUUCAUCUUCCCUCUA